AUGGCAUUCCAUACAGUGGGAAACUACACAUUUCAGUGGACAGACCUUCACUUGCCUCGCGAAAAGACGGAUCCCCUACGCCAUGAGUACGACACAUUGGGGCACGAUGCAGUCAAGAAGCUGCAGCAGAUUGCAAGAGAGAUGAAGGGGGACGCAUCAGUCAAGCCCACUCUUUGCCCCGGGGGCUUUGACAUGUAUGCCGUGCUCCGGGAUCACCACGCCGAGGACGAAACGCUGGGCAAGCUCUGGAGGGAGGUUCAUACGGUGCCGGACUGGGUGGACUGGGAGCAGAUUGAGCGCGGCCAAAAGUUCUUUUACCGCUAUGCCGGCGCGAACAUGGUGGGUUUCUUGCUGCAGGCAUUCUUUGGAGAAAACUCUUCGGCGGCGGGCGUUAUCGAGGUCCUGAUGCGAACAGGGGGCUUCUCGCCACGGGUGCUGAUCCGUCGACUUCUGGAAACGUUUCAGCAUCUCCUGCAAGUCACGUCAAGCCUCGAGUCGAUCCAGCCGGGAGGUCAAGGCCACACGACGACGAUUCGCGUCCGACUGCUUCACUCUGCGGUGAGAGAGCGAAUCCUCCGACUGGCCGAAACUCGCCCCGACUAUUUCGACACGGCCACGUAUGGGGUGCCUGUCAACAUCCUGGACUCGAUUCACAGCAUCUCGACAUACUCUUGUAAUCCAAUGUGGCUUCAGCUGCCGCAAAUGGGCGUGUUCCCCACGGAGCAGGAAAAGGCCGACUAUAUCGCCCUGUUUCGAUAUGUCGGCUAUCUUUUGGCGACUCCUGACGAGUACUUUGCGAGCGUGCCCCAGGCCAAAGCCACUAUGGAGAGCCUGUUGCUUCACGAGCGGAGCGUCACCGACAAUUCGUUGAUUAUCGGACACAAUCUCUUGGAGACGGUCAAAGACAUGGCUCCGUUCCACAUCUCUGUGGGCUUCAUCGAGGCCGGUAGUCGAGUUCUCAACGGAGAUGCCCUGUGCGAUUCGCUGGGCCUUGGAAGGCCUGGGAUGCUGGCAUAUGCCUGCUGGAGAGGCCACUGUUGGUUUGUGCGAGUGCUGGCUCUGCUUCAGAAAUGGGUUCCCGGCGUUGACGAGGCUUGUGUGCAAUAUUUCAGAAGGACGCUGUAUGAUGCCAUUGUGAAUAGCAGGCAAGGGCUUGGGGGAGUGUCGAAGAUGGAUUUCAAGUACGUGCCGGCGAUGGGCAAGAUGACUAAUAAGGAGGGCAGCGGGCGAGCUUUGUUUGCAGGGUCGUUUUUGGAGCGGCCGGUGGAGAUGUUUUAUCUGGCGGUGUUUGUAUUGGGCUGUUUGUUUUGGCUGGGGAUAACAUCUGUGGGUUUGACGGCGUUGAAUAUGUUGGGGAUGUAUUUGGGUUGA